GAAGCGGCGAGGAGACGGAGCCGCGCCGCUGCCCCUCGCCGCCUUCGUCCCUCCUUGGCAUAUAGCCCUCGGGGGGGCUGGUGGCUGCAGAGGAAAUCUCUCCCCCCCCCCGUUACUACCCUCAACUGGCCCGGGAACUCCUUCGACCUCCUCGUGCUCCUGAGGGAGCCCGCUUCGGAUGUCCGGUUUCCUGGUGCCUUUUUUUAUUAUUAUUUUAACCUGACCAACUCCGAGUAACUCGUCGGAGAAGGAGCGAGCGAGCGAGCGAGCGCCUGGGCCGGCGAAGGGGAGGGGGGCUCCUGCGCACCUUUCCUCUCUCCAUCCUGGGGAAGUUGCCGCUUCGCUGCUGCCUCGGAGAGAGCCGCCGGGACUCGCUCGGAGCCGCGCGGCGUUGCCCACGCGCUGCCUUCACGGCUCCCGCCUCGCCGCCCUCUGCACAAUGCACUUGCUGGGAUUCUUCUCUCUGGGUUGCUAUCUGGCUGCUGGCGCGGUGGUGCUGCUGGGAGCUCGGGAGCCCGCGACGGCCGCUGCCUAUGAAUCCGGGCAGGGCUACUAUGAAGAGGAGCCCGACGUGGGGGAUGCCAAGCAGACUCAUGCAAGUAAAGAGUUGGAGGAGCAGUUGCGGUCUGUAUCCAGUGUGGAUGAACUCAUGACAGUACUUUAUCCAGAAUACUGGAAAAUGUUCAAAUGUCAGUUGAGAAAAGGGAGCUGGCAACACAAUAGGGAACAGUCCAGCUUCGAUGCAAGAUCAGAGGAUUCAAAUCCAGUAAAAUUUGCUGCGGCACAUUACAAUCCCGAGAUCUUGAAAAGUAUUGAUAAUGAGUGGAGAAAAACUCAAUGCAUGCCACGUGAGGUAUGUGUAGAUGUGGGGAAAGAGUAUGGAGCAACAACAAACACCUUCUUUAAACCUCCAUGUGUGUCCAUCUACAGAUGUGGAGGUUGCUGCAAUAGUGAAGGGCUGCAGUGCAUGAAUAUCAGCACAAGCUUCAUCAGUAAAACGUUAUUUGAAAUAACUGUGCCACUGUCUCAUGGUCCCAAACCUGUAACAAUCAGUUUCGCGAAUCAUACAUCCUGCCGAUGCAUGUCCAAACUUGAUGUCUACAGACAAGUUCAUUCAAUCAUUAGAAGGUCCUUGUCAGUUACACAAACACAGUGUCAUGUGGCAAACAAAACUUGCCCCAAAAAUCAUAUCUGGAAUAAUCAGAUUUGCAGAUGUCUGGCUCAGCAUGACUUCAGUUUUUCUUCUUACCUUGGGGAUACUGACACUGCUGAAGGAUACCAUGAUAUCUGUGGACCUAAUAAGGAGCUUGAUGAAGAAACCUGCCAGUGUGUCUGUAAAGGCGGAGUGAGGCCUUCCAGCUGUGGACCUCACAAAGAACUGGAUAGAACAUCAUGCCAGUGUACAUGUAAGAAUAAACUGCUGCCUAGCUCAUGUGGACCCAACAAGGAUUUUGAUGAAGAAAAGUGCCAAUGUGUAUGUAAAAGAACAUGUCCUAAACAUCAGCCACUAAAUUCUGCAAAGUGUAUUUGUGAAUGUGUAGAAUCUCCAAACAAGUGCUUCUUGAAAGGAAAAAGAUUUAAUCACCAGACAUGCAGCUGCUACAGACCACCGUGUACAGUUCGAACGAAACGCUGUGAACCUGGAUUUUAUUACAGUGAAGAAGUUUGCCGUUGUGUGCCAACAUAUUGGAAAAGACCACUUAUUAAUUAGUGAAGAAGAUACCAUCUGACAAAUUGGUGUACAUUUUUCCUGUGUUUUUUUUUUAAAAAGACUGCUAACAUUUUGGAUUUACUGUGCAAAAGAGACAUCAUAGGACUAUUGGACACAGACUCAUUUGUGCUCUUAAGACGUGUGGAAAGCAAAUGUAGAAAACAAAACCUGGGAUUUUCUUCAUUAUAAAGAACUCAAUAAGAACUUGAUAUUUUUUUUCUAAUGACCAAACAGCCUACAUUUUCUUCCUUGUGAUUUUUUAAAAAGAUAAUAACUAUAUAAUUUAUUUCCAUUAAAAAUAUUGUACUGCAUUCUUGUUUAUAGCAGUAACAAUUGUUAAAUCUCACUGUGAUCAAUAUUUUUAUAUUAUGCAAAAUAUGUUUUAAAUAAAAUGAAAUUGUAUUAUA